AACCAAGAAACUGAUGGGUCAAAUGCUAUGAUCUAGUUGGAUUUCAGGGUGAUUUCAUGGGAAUAGCCAUCUGAAGUGGUCCAAUGCAACUGGUCUCAUGGUGAAACCCCAAUCCAUCACUUUCUUUCCGUGGCAUGGCAUUCGCCAAAUCACGGGUGGAAGUUUGGAUCGGACUUUCGGAUCCUGGGAUCCCAUGGCAGGUAUGACAUACGGCCAAACUUCAAGAACUAUCCUCACUCCAAUCUCCUUCCGGAGUUCUUCACAGAAAUUUUGGACAUUUUGCACAUGGAGGGCAUGCCGCGCUUCAUCGUGGAGGUGGGCUCGCUCCAUGGACACUCGGCCAUUCAGAUGGCCACGGUCUUGGAUAAGCUGCAGAUGACCGAGGUGCCCAUCCUUUGCAUUGAUCCAUUCACCGGAGAUACCAACAUGUGGGCGAGCUAUCAACAAGACCAAAGUGUCGGCGGCUGGGUGAACAUCAUCGAUGGCCGCAUGACCGUCUUCGAUCAGUUCAUGGCCAACGUGCAGUUUGCCGUGAAUCGCAGUGUCUCGAAACACCACAUCCUGCCAUUUCAGGCAACUUCCACUGUGGGAGCCCGCUGGCUGGUGCAGAAAGGCUUUGCGCCAGAUUUGAUUUUCUUGGAUUCUGCGCAUGAGUUGGACGAAACCUACCUGGAACUCUCGCUGUACUUCAACUUGCUGGAGCCUGGAGGUAUUCUCUUUGGAGAUGACUAUGGUUGGCCAGCUGUGAAGAAGGAUGUGGAUCGCUUCGUGGAGCAGCACAAUCUGCAGUUUGGCUACGAGAACCCCAUCGACCUGCGCAUUGCGCGGGCGCAAGCCGGGGCCACGAACCUCAUUUGGAUCAUGCGCAAAGCAAAGCUGGCGAAAAACGCGACGAAACGGGCCGUGUAUCGAUCGCCGGAUCGCCUUUUGUGUGUCUGAAAAUGGGAUCAAAU